UGUGGCUGACGCGCAUGUGGUAAACAAGAAUAAGCAUGGAUUUUGCGGCUAAGUGGAGUAAUUUACCGACAAGUCCAAGCCUUAAACAUUUAACAGAAGCAGGCUAUGGCAUACCGAAGGAAAAACAACAUGCCGCUGUUCAGGACCUAACGAAGGCUCAUAUCGAGUCGUUUGACCAAGCAGUUUCAGAUGGACUGUGUCGUGCUGUGCAGGCCAUCCCUCCCUUUGAGUUUAUGUUUAGAAAUGACCGGAUCAGCCUGGCAUUUGUGGAGGCCACCAUCUAUAGACCAGUGGUGGGCAAAGGGAGCAUCUGCCGGGACCUGAGGGUGUUCCCAGCAGAGUGCAGAGGGAGACGCUGUACCUACCGGGGAAAGCUUGUGGCAGAUGUCAGCUGGUCCGUGAAUGGGAUUCCCAAAGGCAUCAUCAAGCAGUCUCUGGGCCAAGUGCCCAUCAUGGUGAAGUCUAGGUUGUGUAACCUGCAUGGGCUCCCUCCCAAAGAGCUCAUUGAGCACCACGAGGAGUCUGAGGAAAUGGGUGGUUAUUUUAUUGUGAAUGGGAACGAGAAGGUUAUUCGCAUGCUGAUCAUGCCAAGGAGAAACUAUCCUAUCGCUAUGUCAAGACCCAAGUGGAAGAACAGAGGCCAGGGAUACACUCAGUAUGGUAUCUCAAUGCGCUGUGUGAAGGAGGAGCACACAGCUAUCAAUAUGAACCUGCAUUACCUGGACAACGGGACUGUGAUGCUCAACUUCAUCUACCAGAAAGAGCUCUUCUUCCUCCCCCUGGGCUUUGCACUAAAGGCUUUAGUGGACUUCACAGACUUCCAGAUCUACCAGGAGCUGAUCAAAGGUCGUGAGGAGAACUCCUUCUACAAGAGCUGUGUGUCUGAGAUGCUGCGACUCGUCAUGGAGGAGGGCUGCAUCACCCGCGGCAAGGUGCUCAACUACCUGGGCGAGCGCUUCCGGGUCAAGAUGAACCUGCCAGAGUGGCACACCGAUGCACAGUGUGCCAACUACCUGCUAGACCAGUGCGUCUGUAUCCACCUGAAGUCUGAUGUGGAGAAGUUCUACCUGCUGUGUCUGAUGACGCGGAAGCUAUUCACGUUUGCCAAGCAGGAGUGCAUGGAGGAGAACCCGGACAGUCUGAUGUGUCAGGAGGUGCUCACACCAGGACAGCUCUACCUAAUGUUUCUCAAGGAGAAGAUGGCUGCCUGGAUGGUGUCUGUGAAACUGUCGAUGGACAAGAGGGCCCAUAGGCUGACUGGUGGGGCGAGCUCUGAGAAUCUGGUGAAGAUGUUCAACCUGGGUUCUGAUGUUACCCAGCCCUUUGAGUAUCUGCUGGCCACUGGGAAUCUCACCUCAAAGACAGGUCUGGGCAUGCUCCAGAACACAGGACUGAGUGUGGUGGCCGACAAGCUCAACUUCAUCCGCUACCUGUCCCACUUCCGCUGCGUGCACAGAGGGGCAGCCUUUGCCAAGAUGAGGACCACCUCCGUACGUCGUCUGCUGCCCGAGUCCUGGGGCUUCCUGUGUCCCGUGCACACCCCUGACGGAGACCCCUGCGGCCUCAUGAACCACAUGACGGCCCACUGUGAAAUCGUAGCCCUGGCCCUGCCCACCACCACCCUCCCUGCCCUGCUCUGCUCCCUCGGUGUGACUCCUGUGGAUGGUUCUCCUGGCAGGGCCUACUCAGACUGCUAUCCUGUUCUCCUGGAUGGUGCCAUGGUGGGCUGGGUAGAGACUGAGCUGGCCCCCCUCCUCGCAGACUCCCUCCGCAGGUUCAAGGUGUUGAAGGAGAAGAAGAUCCCUCCCUGGACUGAGAUAGUUCUGGUUCCCCAGACCAGCAAGGCCAGCAUGUACCCAGGCCUGUACCUCUUCACCACCCCCUGCCGCAUGGUGCGGCCCGUCCGUAACCUGGCCCUGGGCCAGCAAGAACUGAUCGGCACCUUUGAACAGCUCUACAUCAACGUGGGCAUCAGUGAGGAUGAGAUCGAGCCGGGUGUGACCACCCACCAGGAGCUCUUCCCCCACAGCAUGCUGAGCGUGGUGGCUAACUUCAUCCCUUACUCUGACCACAACCAGAGUCCCAGGAACAUGUACCAGUGUCAGAUGGGUAAACAGACCAUGGGCUUCCCCCUCCACUCGUUCCAGGAGCGCUCGGACAACAAGCUGUACCGCCUCCAGACCCCCCAGAGCCCUCUGGUCAGGCCUGUCAUGUACGACCACUACAACAUGGACAACUACCCCAUCGGCACCAACGCCAUUGUCGCUGUGAUCUCCUACACUGGCUACGACAUGGAGGACGCCAUGAUCCUGAACAAGUCGUCAUGGGAGAGGGGCUUUGGUCACGGCUGUGUUUACAAGACUGAGCUGGUGGACCUGGCAGAGAAGAUGAAGGGCGAGGACUGCCUGGUGUUUGGGGUCAAACCCGGUGACCCCAAGGUAAUGGACAAACUGGACACUGAUGGGUUGCCCCCCAUCGGAGCCGUACUACAGUACGGAGACCCCUUCUACAGCUACAUCAACCUCAACACCGGGCAGAGCUUUGUCAACUUUUACAAGAGUCAAGAAAGCUGCGUGGUGGACAACAUCAAGGUGUGCAGCAACGACGCUGGCUCGGGCCGCUUCAAGCGCAUCUGCAUCACGGUGCGAGUGCCCCGCAACCCCACCAUCGGGGACAAGUUUGCCAGCCGCCACGGGCAGAAGGGCAUCCUAAGUCGCCUGUGGCCUGCCGAGGACAUGCCCUUCACAGAGAGUGGCAUGACCCCCGACAUCCUGUUCAACCCCCAUGGCUUCCCCUCCCGCAUGACCAUCGGCAUGCUCAUCGAGAGCAUGGCCGGCAAGUCGGGCGCCCUCCACGGCCUGUGCCACGACGCCACUCCCUUCACCUUCUCCGAGGAGAGCUCGGCGCUGGAGCAUUUUGGCGACAUGCUGCGCGCCGCUGGCUACAAUCACUACGGCACCGAGCGCCUCUACAGCGGCCUCAGCGGCCUGGAGCUGGAGGCGGACAUCUUCAUCGGCGUGGUGUACUACCAGAGGCUACGUCACAUGGUCUCCGACAAGUUCCAGGUGAGGACCACUGGAGCGCGGGACAGGGUGACCAACCAGCCGGUGGGCGGGAGGAACAUCCAGGGGGGCAUCCGCUUCGGGGAGAUGGAGCGCGACGCCCUGCUGGCCCACGGGACCUCCUUCCUGCUCCACGACCGCCUCUUCAACUGCUCUGACCGCUCAGUGGCACAGGUGUGUGUGGACUGUGGUAGCCUACUGUCCCCUCUACUGGAGAAACCACCACCCUACUGGUCGGCCACACGCCACCGCAAGACUGUCUGCCUCCUGUGCGGCAAGAGUGACUCCAUCGUUACGGUGUCUGUGCCGUACGUCUUCCGCUACUUUGUUGCAGAGCUGGCGGCGAUGAACAUCAAAAUCAAAUUGGACGUGAAGUGAAUUCAAUGAAGUUUGUUCAGUCUACCCACCAGCCACAGACAGUGCUAUAUUGUGCACAGGAAGUUUGUCUUCUCCCGUGUGUGACUGGGAGUGGUCGCAUAUUAGGCCUUUUUUUGUUAUAUUGUAUUAAGGGCUUAAUCUGUGUUUGUCACAUGUAAAAGUAAAAAAAAAAAUAUGAUUGCAAGAAUUUACAGUAGUUUACACAAUUACCUGAACUCCAAAACCAUCCUGACCAUCAGAAUGGCCAAGUGCCUGAGCAGUUUCACCUCUUGUUGUCCAGAAUUAAUAUUAUUAUUAAUUAAUUAUUAUAUUAAUAUUAAUUGUCCAGAAUGGUCUCUACCUAUCAUUAAUUAUGGCUAAAUUGAGACUUGAGUCAAGGAUAGAUAGAAUUUUCAAAAAAAAUUCAGAAGUUACAAAGAUAUUGUACAGUAACUGUGUCGAACAUACAACAUUGUUUUGUAAAUCAGUAUAUUUAGAGUGAAAUCCUCUUAAGAAAAUACACUGUGAUGGUGUACACUGAGCAUGAGACAAAGUUGAUUCAUGUGACUACAAGGUAAUAAAAUGAGUUGUCAUUUA